UUUCAAAGGAGAAAAAAAUCUGUUCUGUAAAAAAAAGGUGUUGACCAUUUUCUUCACACGUCGGCCAAAGUAACCUGCUGGACCGAUUCGCUGAAAUCAUUCCAAAAUGUUGAAAUUUAAAGGAAUACGAAAACGGGCAAUGUAGUUUCACCGGAGCUUAGUAGAACAGACGAAUACACUGGGUAAAAGAUGCUGUGUUUGGGGUUUUGACGGGACUAAAAGGAUUGACGUGAAUAAAUGAUUCCCGCGGACAAGAUGCGACACUUUUACCGAUUCAGUUAACUUGGAGCCGGUUGAACAUACCGCGCUGAAUUGAGCCAACGGCACUAUCUGACUUUAUACGGCGGGGAGGCCUGUGAGUAUGAUGCAGCCUUUGGUAGAGCGCCCCCUACGGGCUGAGGGUUCUGUGCGGGACCGACUGGCUGCCUGCUUCUCCAUGGCAACCCUGAAGAAGUGGCUGCCCAUCCUGGGGUGGUUGCCCAGGUACAACCUCACCUGGCUGCAGAUGGACCUGAUCGCCGGGGCAACGGUGGGCCUGACGACUGUACCUCAGGCCCUGGCCUACGCCGAGGUGGCUGGACUACCUGUACAGUUUGGCCUGUACUCCGCCUUCAUGGGGGGGUUCAUCUACUGCGUUUUCGGGACGUCGAAGGACAUCACGCUGGGCCCCACCGCCAUCAUGUCCCUGCUGUGCUCCUCCUACGUCCGCCAGGACCCCGUGUACGCCGUGCUGCUGACCUUCCUCUGCGGGGUCAUACAGGCCUCCAUGGCCAUCCUCAGGCUGGGUUUCCUCCUGGACUUCAUCUCGUACCCGGUGAUCAAAGGCUUCACCUGCGCGGCGGCCGUCACCAUCGGCUUCAGUCAGAUCAAGAACUUGCUGGGGCUGCGGGAUAUUCCACAGCAGUUCUUCCUGCAGGUGUACUACACCUUCCGCAGUCUCCCCCAGGCCAGGGUAGGGGAUGCGGUUCUGGGUCUGUUCUGCCUGGUGCUGCUGGUGUCUCUGACGGUGAUGAAGCGGACCCUGGGCCCUGGCUCUGACGACCUGCCCGUCCACGUACGAGCAGCCCGGGGCCUGGUGCACGGCCUCGCCACGGUGCGUAAUGCCCUGGUGGUGGUCACAGCCACCUGUGUGGCGUACUCCUGGGAGCUCUCUGGCCACCACUCCUUCACCAUCACCGGGGAAACCGCACAGGGCCUGCCCCCGUUCCAGCCCCCGCCCUUCUCUGAAACCAUGGCCAAUGGCACAGUCAUCCACUUCUCUGAAAUAGCACAGGAUCUGGGUGCAGGCCUGGCUGUGAUUCCUCUCAUGGGUUUGCUGGAGAGCAUCGCCAUAGCCAAGGCCUUCGCCAGUCAGAACGACUACCGAAUCGACGGCAACCAGGAGCUGUUUGCGAUUGGUCUCACCAACAUCAUGGGCUCCUUCGUCUCCGCCUAUCCCGUCACCGGGAGCUUCGGCAGGACUGCAGUGAACUCCCAGUCCGGGGUGUGCUCUCCUGCCGGGGGCGUGGUCACUGGUGUGGUGGUGCUGCUGUCCCUGGCCUUCCUCAUGCCGCUGUUCUGCUACAUCCCCAAGGCCUCGCUGGCCGCGGUCAUCAUCUGCGCGGUCGCGCCCAUGUUGGACCUGUGUGUGGUCCCCAGGAUCUGGGCCGUCAGACGGCUGGACCUGCUGCCCUUCCUGGUCACCUUCCUGCUCAGCUUCUGGCAGGUGCAAUACGGCAUUGUGGGAGGGGUGCUGGUUUCCAUGGUGAUGCUACUGUAUGACAUCGCCAGGCCAAAGUUGAAGGUAUCUGACCACGAUAUUCUUGUAAUAGAGCUGAACAGUGGGCUGAACUUCCCAGCCACAGAGUACAUCAGUAAAGUGCUUUACACAGAGGCCCUGCUGGGCUCCUCAGCUCGCUCUGUGGUGCUGGACUGUGGGCACAUGAGCAGUCUGGACGUGACGGUGGUGGAGGAGCUCAGGGACCUGCUGCGGCAGUUUGAGCUCCGGGGGGCCGGCCUGGUGUUCUGCGGUCUGUCGCACGCGAUGCUGGAGGUUCUGUUGGCGGCGGAGCUUCCGGGUCUGAAGCACACUGAGAGUGUGGAGGCAGCUCUGCAGGCCCUCUCCGCGGAACCGGACCAAACUGAAGCCCUCCUGUCCAAAUGAGUCGGGGG